UUACCACCAGUAGAUUCACGACUCUCCUGUCGACGCCGUAUGAAAUAAAAUAUCUCCACCAGCCUUAUCGUUUAUCUGCCAUCCAUCAAUUUGAGUUCAGUUUUUGAGUUUAGUCACGAACGAUCUUACAAUGGCGACGGUCACGUUUUCCUUUUCCGCUAAAACCCUAACACUACCCUAUCAACCCAAAACCCCAAUCUCCAACUUCUAUCCGGUAACCAAUCUUCGCCUCCCUUCUUCUAUUCUGACCCAAACCCGAAAUGGUAACCGAAUUCGGGCGUCGCUGGAUGGGGAUUUCUCAGCGAAAAGGAACAGCAGCAACAGUGACCAGAGAGAGACGAUAAUGUUACCCGGUUGUGAUUACAACCAUUGGCUGAUUGUGAUGGAGUUUCCUAAGGACCCUGCACCCACUCGUGAACAAAUGAUUGACACUUACCUCGACACUCUUGCUACUGUAUUGGGAAGCAUGGAGGAAGCAAAGAAGAACAUGUAUGCAUUUAGCACCACUACCUACACUGGAUUUCAGUGCACUGUUGAUGAAGCAACCUCGGAGAAAUUCAAGGGUUUACCCGGGGUUCUUUGGGUACUGCCCGACUCGUAUAUAGAUGUUAAAAACAAGGACUACGGAGGUGACAAGUACGUAAAUGGGGAGAUUAUUCCUUGCAAGUACCCUACCUACCAACCAAAACGGAGCGCACCUAAGAACGAGAGUAGAAGGUAUGAGAGACGGAGAGAUGGCCCUCCCCCUGAGCGCAGAAGGCCAAGACAAGAGGCGGCUGCCUCGGAUUCAUCCUCUACAUGAGGUUAUUUGUAGUUUUACUGAGAGAAACUAAUGCCAAACGAAAGCUGCUCCUUAUCACAGUUCUAUCAUGCUCAUGGUCACUUUAACAAAUAGAAGAUUGAGCUUGUGUUGGAUUCUCAUCAAGAUGCAUGCCAUGUUUCUUGCAAACUCAAACGGGUUUUUUCACGAUUCAUCUUGAGGAAUAUGUUCUUUUGGACUAUAUGAGUAUGACAUGUGAGACAAGUGCUAUAAUUGUUUAUCUGUGUAAUUUGGAGAGCUACUUAUCAUGAAACCAGUUUAUGUUUUAGUGAUAAUUUUUGUCUGCUAGUUUCAUGGCAACUGCGAUAUUAACAGUUAAAGUUACUGGUAUGAACCGAUCGAGUUUAGAUAAUAUGCA